AGAGAGAGAGAGAGAGAGAGAGAGAGAGAGAGAAUGAAAGGAGAGGGAGACAAAAACGUGGCAGUGUGUGAUAUGAAGCUCGAGAGGCUUCUGAGCAUGAAAGGUGGCAAAGGACAAGACAGCUAUGCCAACAACUCUCAAGCUCAGGCGAUGCACGCAAGAUCGAUGCUCCACCUGCUGGAGGAAACCCUAAACAAAGUCCACCUCCUGAAGUACUCCUCCUCCAAUCCUCCGCCGUUCACGGUGGUCGAUCUGGGCUGCUCCUCCGGAGCCAAUACCGUCCACGUCAUCGACUUCAUCGUCAAACACAUCUCCAAGCGGUUCGACGCCGCUGGAAUCGAGCCGCCGGAGUUCUCCGCCUUCUUCUCCGACCUCCCCAGCAACGAUUUCAACACUCUCUUCCAGCUCUUGCCCCCUCUCGUAUCAAACUCCUGCAUGGAGGAGUGCCUCGCAGCCGACGGAAACCGCUCCUACUUCGCCGCCGGAGUACCCGGAUCGUUUUACCGGAGACUUUUUCCGGUGAGAACUAUUGAUGUUUUUCACUCUGCCUUCUCCUUGCACUGGCUCUCUCAGGUGCCGGAGUGCGUGACGGAGAAGAGAUCGGCGGCGUACAACAGAGGGAGAGUGUUCAUCCAUGGCGCGGGAGAGAAGACGGCCAUGGCAUACAAGAGGCAGUUCCAAGAAGACCUUGGAGUGUUCAUAAGGGCUCGAGCCCGAGAGCUCAAGCGAGGGGGCUCGAUGUUCCUGGUCUGUCUCGGCCGCACCUCUGUGGACCCCACCGACCAGGGUGGUGCCGGCCUUCUCUUUGGGACCCACUUCCAGGACGCCUGGGACGACCUUGUCCGAGAGGGACUGGUGACGGCGGAGAAGCGUGAUAGCUUCAACAUUCCGGUAUACGCCCCGAGCCUACAGGAUUUCAAGGAGGUGGUGGAAGCGGAGGGAUCGCUCGUGGUGGAUAAGCUCAUCGUCUUCAAAGGAGGAAGCCCUCUCGUGGUGAGCCAGCCAGACGACGCCUCGGAAGUUGGCCGAGCAUUUUCCAUCAGCUGCCGGAGCGUUGCAGGGGUUCUCGUAGAGGCUCAUAUCGGCCAAGAUCUCAGCGACGAGCUGUUCUUUCGGGUCGAACGUCGAGCCGCGGGCCAUGCCAAGGAGGUCCUGGAGCAUCUGCAGUUCUUUCACAUCGUCGCUUCCUUGUCACUUGCUUAAUCAGUUGCAACUCAUAUAUAUACAUAUGAGUAGAGAAACACUAGGAAUGUUUACAUUCUGUGUGCUUUUUUUCUUUUUGUUCUCUUGUGGCGUUUAGUGUUUCAUUUUCCCUUCUCUUUGUUGUUUUCCUCCUCGGCGUUUGGAUAAUGUAAACACAGAUAUCGGCUAAGUCCUUUUUGUUUUAUUCUCAAACUCUA